AUGUGCGUGCUUUCGAUUUUGCAAUUGUUGGUUGCGCCUAAAUCCUCGCUUCCACGAUCCACGAACCGAAUGGUCCGUGCCCUUGAGGCUGGCCUUGCGCAAAAAUACCUGGCUCAAGACAACUCUCUCUGUGCCUGGUUUUGCAUUGCGCAUCUACGAAAGCGCCGCGUGUUCCAAUUAUCGUCCGCCCUACUGCGCCUGCGCGGCUCGAGUCCACACGCCCAAAUGUUCGCUAUCCUCCGCCCUCUAGAUCUUGCACAAGAACCUGCACUCUCCUCGACUUACCGCACAGUGGCAGGAUGCCAUAUCUGUAUAUUGAGGCUGGAUACAACGUAA